UUUUUAAUUUUUUUUUUUUUUUUUUUUUGGUGUACCACCCACUUCUCUUUUCUAUCCCCAAACCGCCAGCUGCCUCUUUUGUUUUUCUUCCUCUUCCCUCUUCCUCCUCCUCAUCCCCCACGUCUGUUUCUCGGUUUAACCCUCCGAUAUCAAGAUGCUGUCCUCCGCCAGAAUCGCAACCCGGCAGGCUGCCGUGCGCCGCAUGGGCGCUCUCCCCGUCUCGGCCGCGCGAGCCGGCUCUACCUGGGCCAACGUCCCCCAAGGUCCUCCUGCCGACAAGUUCGACGGAAAGAUCAACCUCGGUGUCGGCGCCUACCGCGAUGACCAGGGCAAGCCCUACGUCCUCUCCUCCGUCCGCACGGCCGAGGAGAAGGUCGUCGCCGCCAAGCUGAACAAGGAGUACGCCGGCAUCACCGGCGUGCCCGAGUUCACAAAGUCGGCCGCCGUCCUCGCCUACGGCGCCGACUCGUCCGCCCUCGGCCGCCUCGCCAUCACCCAGUCCAUCUCCGGCACCGGCGCACUCCGCAUCGGCGGCGCCUUCCUCGCCCGCUUCUACCCCGGCGCCAAGAACAUCUACAUCCCCAACCCCUCGUGGGCCAACCACGGCGCCGUCUUCUCCGACGCCGGCCUGACCGUCAACAAGUACCGCUACUACGACCAGAAGACCAUCGGCCUCGACUUCGCCGGCAUGCUCGCCGACAUCAAGGCCGCCCCCAAGAACUCCAUCUUCCUCUUCCACGCCUGCGCCCACAACCCCACCGGCGUCGACCCCACCCCCGAGCAGUGGCGCGAGAUCUCCGCCGCCGUCAAGGCCGCCGGCCACUACGCCUUCUUCGACAUGGCCUACCAGGGCUUCGCCUCGGGCAACACCGACACCGACGCCUUCGCCGUCCGCCACUUCGUCGAGGAGGGCCACAACGUCUGCCUCGCCCAGUCCUUCGCCAAGAACAUGGGCCUCUACGGCGAGCGCGUCGGCGCCUUCUCCAUCGUCGCCCAGGACGCCGAGGAGCGCGCCCGCAUCGACUCCCAGGUCAAGAUCCUCGUCCGCCCCCUCUACUCCAACCCCCCCGUCCACGGCGCCCGCAUCGCCUCCGCCAUCCUCAACGACCCGGCCCUCAACAAGCAGUGGCUCGCCGAGGUCAAAGGCAUGGCCGACCGCAUCAUCACCAUGCGCGCCCUGCUCAAGGAGAACCUCGAGAAGCUCGGCUCCGCCCACGACUGGUCCCACAUCACCAGCCAGAUCGGCAUGUUCGCCUACACCGGCCUGACCCCCGACCAGAUGGACGCCCUCGCCAAGGAGCACUCCGUCUACGCCACCAGGGACGGCCGCAUCUCCGUCGCCGGCAUCACCACCGGCAACGUCGGCCGCCUCGCCGAGGCCAUCUACAAGGUCAAGGGUUAAAUUUUCCCCUUUUCCCCCCUUGUAGCGAAUAUUGUCGUUUGAUUCUGCCGAAAGGGUAGUUUCUUCCCCAAAAAAGAAGGUUUGUACGAACGGGAAAGGGGAUGGGAGGGGGGCGGUGGAGAUGGAAGUGGUUUUUUUUUCUUCGAGAUGGGCCAUCUGUUUUUGCGCGACGCCAAGCUAGACUUAAGACCGCGGUGGAUAUUAGACGUUGGAGGCUCUCUUGAUAGACUACGCAUUGCGUCCCGGCUGUGUACAAUAUAGCGGCACGUCUUUCAAAUGUAAACAUGUCCAACACG